UGCAAGGUCUAGGGCUGCUGUCUGAGCCUACAGGCCGCCGCCACCCACCGACUACCUGCUGGGCCCACAGAGUGCGUUCGCUUCCAUGCACGUGCUGCAGUGUCUGCUGUACCACUUGGAGCCAGGCAUGCUGCUGUGGGUGGCUCCAGAGGGUGUUUUCGCCAAGCGCCUGUGCCAAGGCCACGAGUAUUGGCUCGGCCUAUUGACCCCUCACCUGCCCAACAGGCUGGAGCGUGAGCGCGCCUGCCAGCUGCAGACACGUGGCGCUUCCUCCAGGAAUGGUGGCCAGAGCCGGAGUACCAGAUCUGGCUGUGCCUUGACAAGGAGUACCUUCAUCUCCCCGACCAGCCGGGAGGACCACUCACCAUGGCCCAUGUGAGUCAUGCCCUCCACUGUGGGGAGACCCAUUCCCCCUGGUCCCCUCCAGCCGGCCCCUCACUGACCUCUGCAGUCCUACCUCCCCCUCCAGACCCUGUCUGAUCCUCUGGUUUGAAUUAGCAUCCCUGAAAUGUAGGUGUGGAGCAUGGCUGUCACUAGCUCAGUGACUUCCUACCAGGAAUGUAGGCUCACUGCCCCUCCCCACAAGUGGAGCUGGUCUUCAUCCGAGAGCUCCUCCUGCAUUCGAAGCACCCAUGGGGCCCUCAGCCCCACUUUCUGGGUAGCAUCAGCCACUUUCUAUUGUGGCAGAGUCAGCCCUAAGCGGGCUGCCUCCCCUUCUCACACCCACUGAAGGCAGCCCCCCAGGAGUGCGGCCUUGUGCCCCCAACCCUGCCCACACUGAGUCAGUGCACUGAGGGCCUCCCUCCACCUGUGCCCAGGUCACAGGAUGGUGAAGGCAGUGGCAUCUUCUGCCUCGUCCAUGUGGGUGGAGCCCCAGGAGGUGACGAACGGGGUGGGAUGCACCAGUGGGCAAGAAAUGGGACUAAAGUGCUUGUGGAGAGCCCCAGAUGCUGAUGACAACUUACAGAAAGCCAGCCCCACCCUGCAGUGGGGUCCACAGGGCAUUCACUCAAGGGUGAGUUUCCCAGAAACAGAUCCUCAGGCUGUGUAGAGAGCAGCCAGCCAGCAACCACAUGGCCUGGGUUUCAAGGGGCUCCAGUUCCAGACCCUUCCUCCCCCUAGCCACCAGUCUCUUUUCUUUAUUUGAGGGCAAUGAAGGUCACAAAACAGAGGACUUGGCCUGAACCCUGGGCAAUGGAUACUAACCACUGAACCACUGUAGGUGCUGUCUUUGGAGAAACUAAGGCAGACUCCCAAACACAACCCUAAGGCAUAGACCAAAGUGGGAGUCCACUUCCCCCAGCCUUGUGAGUACAGUAACCUUUUUUUCCUUUUCUGAUUGCUGACUGUAAAGGAAUCCUCUUACAGUUGCCAAUAUAAUAAGUCUUCUUAGCAAUACCUAAAUAAGCCACUUUUUAUGUGAGUGCUGGGGAUCAACCCGAGGCCCUUGAGCGUGCUAAGCAUACACUCUGCCACUAGCUACACAACCAGCCAGUAAGCCGCUUUGAUGGGACAGAUCUAUGAAAGGACAGAAGUGAAUCAAUCACUAUUUUUUCAGUCAUUGAACAGACACUUUUUUUUCACCUCCUCUGUUCCCAUGUCCAAUGCCAGGGAUAGAGCAAAACAGCAUAGUCCCUAGUCUCUUGGGGUUCACAACCUGUUUUCUAGUUGAGGUCUGUGACUGAUGGUUGAGGUCCUGAUUCCUGAUGCUCACAGAAGGGGUGGUGCUAAGGAGUUACAGAAUCCUGAGCGCAAAUCCCAGCUUUAUCAUUCACUAGCUGCGUGACCUCAGGCAAGUCAUUUAACUUCUCUGAGCUUUAGACCUCUCAUCUAUACAAGAGAAGCUAUGAAGACCUCUGAAGCAGGGUUGUUACUGGCCUGACACAGAGUAGGUAACCACUGACUUGGGAGUGGUCAAACAAGGAGGACACUACCCAUCCAUCACAAGGGCAGACUGCCUGGCUUUUGGCUGCACCCAGGGGAGCCUCAGUUCACGGUGACAAUCCACAGACAGAUGGGGCUGUGGCUGCUGCAUAAGGGAGUUUGUUGCCUCCUCACUGUGGCCCAGACAGCUGAAGAGAGGCCAGCACCAUUUUAGAGGUGGGAGACCUGCUUGGCCAAGCAAGGUCUUGAGAGUCCCUCAGGAGGGAAAAAAAUCUCCACCCAGAUCACUGCCCUCCCCAUGCCAGUCACCAGGGGGUGCUCUCCUGUCAGCCCACACACCGGGUACUCAGGAUGGGGAUGAGUGUGCUCCAGGCAAAUGCUCCCCAUUUCAGGGAGGGGGUGGUAGAGGACCAGAGGGAAAGGGAGGCCUAGAGGGAAGAUUGGAGGAGCCCCUGGGGCUUCCUUUACUCUAUGGGGACACUGCUUAGAUUCUGCCCACCUCUGGUUUCUCACCAGGACCCCACCGCACCUGUGUCUGCACCUGCAUCUCUGUGCAGCUCCUUCUUUCUGUCUCCCAGUCUCAUGAGCUGCCUGUCUUUGUGCGUAUGUCUCCUCUCUCUCUCUCUCUCUGUCUACUUCGUCCAUCUAAUCUUCAUCUUUCUUUUUAUGGUUCUGCCUCUCUCUGUCUUGUUUCUGCCUCUGCUCCUUUACAUUCCUGCCUCUUUUUGUCUUUCCCUUGCUCUGCUUCACCUUCUGGCCCUCUCCAGCCCCUGCAGCCCAGCCCCUGUGGGCUGAGGGUCUCAGUCCCUUCCCUCUCACCUCCUCACCCGGCAGCUGCUCCAGGCUUCUCAGCCCUGGCCUCUGCUGCCCGCCCCUCUUGGGGCUUGUAGGGGGUGGUGAGGGUGGGAGGGAGAGCAGCCUGGCGGGCCCUCCCCUUUUUGCCUUUCCAGGCUGGGAGGCUGGGCCAGUGGGCCUUUUAACCAGCCAGGGAAGGCUGUGCCGGACACCAGCCCUGGACAUCUGUGCUUGGCCUCUGUGGUCCCAGCAGCCUCCAGCCUGGGCAGCAUGCAGCAGCCACCACCACCACCAGGGCCACUGGUCCCUGCGACAGAGCCCACCAAGCCCCCGUACAGCUACAUAGCCCUGAUCGCCAUGGCCAUCCAGAGCUCGCCAGGGCAAAGGGCCACCCUCAGUGGCAUCUACCACUACAUCAUGGGCCGCUUUGCCUUCUACCGCCACAACCGGCCCGGCUGGCAAAACAGCAUUCGCCACAACCUGUCUCUCAACGAGUGCUUUGUCAAGGUGCCCCGGGAUGAUCGAAAGCCAGGCAAGGGCAGCUACUGGACCCUGGACCCUGACUGCCACGACAUGUUCCAGCACGGCAGCUUCCUCCGUCGCCGCCGCCGCUUCACCCGGCGGGCAGGUGCUGAGGGCACCAAGGGCUCUGCAAAGGCACCCCGUGGGCCCCUCAGAACCGCCAACCAGGACACAGGAGUUCCCGAUGCUACGACUGGCAGGCAGAGCCCAUUCCCACCAGAGCUGCCCGAGCCCAAGGGCCUAAGCUUUGGGGGUCUGAUGGGGGCUCUACCAGCCAGCAUGUGCCCAGCAACUGCUGACAAAAGGCCACAGCCACCCGUGGAGCCCAAAGAGAUGCCCACGCCUAAGCCUGCAGGCCCUGAAGAGCUCCCCAUGGCCACCUCGUCUUCUCCGUGCCCGGCAUUUGGCUUUCCUGCUGGCUUCUCCGAGGCAGAGGGUUUUAGCAAGGUCCCUACACCCACAGCGACCCCGGAGGCGGGCAUCAGCAGCAGCUACCAGUGUCGGCUGCAGGCACUGAAUUUCUGCAUGGGGGCUGACACAGGCCUGGAGCACCUCUUGGCCUCGGCAGCCCCCUCCCCUGCACCACCCACCCCUCCGGCCUCCCUCCGGGCCCCAUUACCCCUGCCAGCUGACCCCAAGGAACCGUGGGCUGCAGGGGGCUUCCCUGUCCAGGGAGGCUCCGGCUACCCACUGGGGCUGCCCUCCUGCCUAUACCGGACACCAAGAGUGUUCUUCUUUGAGUGACGUGGCCUCACCUCCACAGGGCCCCUGUCAAGGACACCCUCCAGGCUGAGCCUGGCUCUAGGACCUGGAGAGCUCUUGAAGGACUCAGCCCUGGCAGGCCAAGGUCAACUAGGAUGGGAAGCCAGGACUGCAACAGCCAACACAGCCAGGCCGUCGGGACCGCCAGACUUGGGGGUGAGGGGAUGUGGGGUCUCUUACACUUGACUCUGUGGCUCUCGGGCCAAUAAAAGCCAUUGCGAUUAUAA